AGAAUAUAUUCUAACAUUUGUAUGAAAAUCAUACAAAGUUAUUUUUUAUCCAUGAUCAUAAGUUUGCUCUUUGCGAUAUGUGUUGCACUUUUUGCACUUGAAAUGAAACGGAAUACGUGAUCGGACAUUGAAGGGAAAGAGGAACGAUGAAAAGUGCAGUGUGUCAUGGUAUGUCACAAGGAACAAACCGAUAAGUAUAUGCAUGCUUUGUCGUGUGAAGUUGGACAUGUUUGACAAACACGGUUCAUCGUUCAUUCAGGAUUCCAAAAUGCUUAACUUCAGGUGUGACUAAACGUCACUGUGCGCUUUUUUUGUUUACACUCAGUAAUGUACUACGUGUGUAACAUAAGUUUCGUCGAUACAUAAUUCGACUACCUGGCCAUAUCUAUGAGAGUUCCCGGCUGCGGAACGGUAAGGAACGAAAGAAAGAAAAAAAUCAAGCAAAAAUAUCUUCAGCCACCAAAGGUCGAAACAGGGCGCGACGAUGCCUUUGUUUGCGACGCGAACGUUUCUCGACUGACGGCAGUGACGGCAAGAGUCGACGUUACCACGACGACAUUGAAAGUAUAUCGGAAGGAUGGCGGAAGAUGAGAGACAAAUUAGAAUAGCGGCUGAAGCGAUACUAAGUGGCUCGAUCAAUUCCCAGAGGAGCUCGGUUACUCAACACAGCAUGACGAGAACGCCGGAUAUUGUUUUUAGCGAGGAUUUAAUCGCAGGAGCAAGACAAAACGGCAGGAUGUCAAACGUCAGGCGUUUCUUCUGUCUGUUCGUCACUUUUGAUUUACUUCUUACAUUCCUCAUGUGGCUCAUUUGCACGAUGAUUGCAGGCGAAAGUUUAAGUACUGCUUUCACAGAUCAGGUGAUACAUUACCAUAUAACGACGUCUUUGUUUGACAUUGUAAUGGCAGCGAUUUGCAGGUUCACGGUUUUGUUACUCUUUUACGCGCUGUUGUAUCUCAAUCACUGGAUCAUUGUAGCUAUAUCAACUGCCACAACAUGUGCCUUUUUAAUUGCCAAAGUUUUUCUUUUUGACUGGACAUCAGCUAACCAACCAGUAUUCCAAGUUCUACUGAUUUUGACAUCUUUUGUACUAGCAUGGGCAGAGGCUUGGUUCUUUGAUUUUCGCGUGAUACCUCAGGAAACUCAAGCAAGAGAUUGGAUUCGAAGUUUCCCUGAAACAGAAAGAACUCCGUUAUUACAUGGCAUUACUGAAUCACGGCAAUACGCAGCAAAUGUUGAUCACAUGAAUACGUUUUUCACACCCGUGGAGUCUCCGACACAUUCUGAUGAUGAAGAUAUUCCCAAGAAGCAAGCAGACUCAAGCAAGCUCUCAAGAUCAAGUGAAUUAUUUAUGUUCCUAGCAAAACUUACACCCGACAAGAUAGAAGAAUAUAAAACGAGAACGUCUAAGAUGUUACAAAAUUGUCACGAUUUGUUAACAUCGAAAGAAUGGAAGGACACAAUUAUAACAAACAAUGGUGAUGAAAUAUCAUGCAUGCAACUUCCAGCAGAAUGGAAAUUAGAUGGAAAAACCGUAAAAAUCACAGGUAUCAUUGACGCACCUGCUAGUAUACUGAUAGAUUUAUUAUUUGAUCAUGUCGAGGAACAAAGUUCGUGGAACAAGCUCGUGACAGAAUCAAUAAGACUACAGAUUAUUGACGAAAACACAGACAUUGUUUAUCAAGCAACAAGUCCUUAUGGUGGCGGGAUUAUUACAGCACGAGAUUUCGUUAUUUUAAGGCAUCGUAACAAAUGCGAUAAUUAUUAUAUCAGUAGUGGUAUAUCGAUUCCUACCGCAGUUCAAGUUCGUCCAAACAUGACAAGGGCUGAAAAUGGGAUUAGCUGUUUUGCAACAGAAGAGUUACCUUACGAACCUAAUAAAUGCCGUUUUACUUGGAUCCAGAAUACAAAUUUCAAAGGCUGGAUACCACAAACUGUUGUGGACAGAUCUAUGUCCACUGGUCUAGUUGAUUUCAUGACAUAUUUAAGGAAACAUUUGAAUGAUAUGCAAUCAUCGUCAAACUAAUACAACAUUGUUCAUAAAGGUGAUAAGCAGGAUUAUCUAUUUUUUUUACGUGUUAUGUUUUUAAUCUAUACAUAUUUUUUUAUUGUAUGAAUUGUAUGCAUAAAAUACAUACAUACAUAUAAAAAAGAAUAGUGAAAGUGACAUAAUUAUGAACUUGACAGAAUAUGCUUUAAAAUAAUUCAGAAGGCAAGGUGUUUUUAAAACACAUUGUUUAUAGAUGAUUUUCAAGUGAAUAUUAUUUCAAACAUCAAAAUUUAUUUGCUAAUGCAAUUAAGAGAUGUACGGACUGUACAAUUUUACGAUUUAUAUAAACUUGAUUCUCCAUGUACAUACGUGGAUCUGCAGCAAAGUAACGUGUACUUGUAGUUAAAAAACAAACAACUCUGUUUAUCUGGCUCCUUUUGAAAAAACAUGUAGAAUGGACUAGAAAGACUCCAGAGUCAUUACAAAAAACCAAUAUAUAGCUGACUGUCAAGCAUGUUGUAAAGUCUUAUAUGGACGUGAAAGACCAAAAUACUUUUUUUCUAUAAAUUACAAUUAUGAUAAUUAUUUAUAAAAAUGUUUUUAUUCAAAACAAUUACUUAAAAGAUUUUCACAAAUUGUCGCUUUCCUAUCGAAAAAAUGGAAAAUGGAAUAAAAAAAGUUAGUUAUUUGUGUAUCAAAGUUCAUUAAAAAUAAAACAAUCGGUAAUAUUUACUAAAAUGAUUAUGAAUUUUUUAACUACAAUGUUUGAAAAUGUUUCAUAAAUUUUUUCAAAUUUUUGAAUUUUUAAGGUAGGAAAAAUAGCGUUAGAUGUAACAGAUUCACGUGCGCAUUGAGAAAGUAUUGAAAAAACAUAUACAAUUGAAAGAUUAAGUAAGUUAUACAUUUAUACUCAUAAAUGAAUUAUUCUCAUCAAUUCUUUUAGGAUAAACAUUUUAUUGCUAUCGAUAGAUGAAUAUUAUCUACACACUACCAUAUAGUUUAUUUACAAAUUAUAUACUAUUUUCUUCUCGAAAAAUUAUUUCUAUCGCGAUAAACAAAAAAGAAAUGUACUACUCUAUUAUAAAUAUAUAUUUUUUAAUAAAAUAUGUCGUGUAGUAACAGUUAAGAACUAUAUGUAUUAUAUGUUUUUCGUAAGUGCCUAUGAAUAUUCGGUUAAGUGCAUCUUUUGACGUAUAAUGAAUAUAGUAUAUUGCAAAUGUGGCAUACGUGUUUAACACACAUGACAGCAUCUAUUAUGCAUCUACAAUAUAUCAUGUAAGAAUAAAUUCGUGGUAUUAAAAAAAUAA